CAAGUAUUCAGUUCCGUCCCUGUUUCGUACUCUGUUUACUUUCCCGAACUACUCUUUUUGACAAUUCAGAAUGAAGACGAACUCCCUUCUCUCUCGAGACCUCAAGAAUCUACUGAGAACCGCAUCCCAUCGUCAGGUGCCUAUUCGCAUGAAUCACGGGUUUUUUCGCCCAGGGAGGAAGGCGAGGAGCUUAGCGAGGAAGAAUACGAUGAACGUGGUGACUUUAUAAAUGACUCGAAAGCUGGACGUUCUUCGAAACCAUCCACUUUUCAUGAGCUAGAGGAAGGAGAAGCUUCUAGUGACGAUGAUCAACGACGUCCAGCAUCCAGAUCCGGCAAAACUGAUGGCAAAUCACAGUUGACUUCCAGACUGCUAUUAGAAGAGGCCGAAUAUAGACACCGACUACAUGAACGUCAUGAAAAACGACAGCGUGAAAGGUUGCACGCUAUGGAUGGUUUGAAGAAAAGCAAGCCGUCUGCUACUUCCGUGCGUGAUAUGCAGUCGGAGUUUUUGCAGCCGCACCCAAAAUUUGACCCCAUUUCAGAUGCAGAUCGCAGCAGGUUCACCCUAUCGGGUUCUACAUCUCCCGAAAACGUACAAACGGGCAAAAAGUGGUCUUCUAGUCGACUGGAUUCCUUGGACAAAGCUCAGCAACAGACCUCCACUGAUGUGCCCUAUGGCGAACAUGGCUUGAGGAAGUCAAGUCACAAACGGUCAGAAAAAACUGAACAUAACUCCGAAUCUCAAAUUAAGCCGGACAGUGUACUUCGUUCCUAUUCAACUUCUCUGUUACCAUACGAACGUGCGACCGAGGAAGAACUGCAGUAUCGUGCUGACCGGUCGUCCAGUCACAGAUCCAAGGAUCGAGAAGCCAAAAAGUCGGCGAAAGUUAAGAAAGCCAAGCGAGAUCGACACGGGAAAAUGGAAGAAGUUCCCUCAAAGAGUGGAAGUAGAAGUCACAAAGCUCAGCUACAGUUCGUCGACUGGGAAUCGUAUGUUUACGGAAAAACAAAUUCACAACUUCUAGGCAAGCGGGUACAAUCGCCUGGGGUGAUCGUCACCAGUCCUCGUUCUUCCAGUUCAAGCUCGCCAUCCCGCGACUCCGCUUCUGUGUCUCCCCCGCCAAAUAAAGCCCAUCGCGAGUCCACCAGCUCUCGUAAACUUUCGUCACAGUCCCCUUUUGUUGAUCCCCAAUCUGUGAAGUCUACGCGCCGUAAACAUAGGCACCGAUACCAUCGUGAGGUAAGAGAAACAGCACCGCCUCCUGAAUCAGGGCGAUCUUACAAGCUUGAACCAAACUACACUGAAUCUGGUAAACGUCGUAAGCACAAGCAGUUGGCAGAUGAUUCGGAUCAACAAACUAUUUCAUUGCAGGCCAAGCGCAGUCGUGCUUUCAAUGAGCAUAAGGACCAGAAUAGAGACGCUUCCUUCGAGCCUAACAAGUAUCUUGAUGAUACCAACCAAUCCCGUUCCAAAUCCCGACCCGAUUCGGAACAUGCAAUGCGUGAACCGCAUACAACAUAUUCGUCCCCACCGCUGUCUGAUCAGAAUCAGGUGCGUUCGGAAAAAAAUCCCACAAAACCCUCCACAAUUCGGAGCCCGUUCAAAGAAGAUUCCGUAAGUGGUGCGUCAGAUCAGAAUGAGAAUGACAAACCGGAGCCUCCGACAGAACCCGUUGCACGCAAGCUUCCAGAGUCCAUUGAUCAGGUGAUCAAACAUGAGCUGAGGCCAGGUCGAUUCCAACAUUAUCGUCUUUACUCUGAAUCCGAGGAUGAUGAUGACGAUGGCCAAUCCGAAUCGGAGGACAAUCAAGAAGUGAAUGACGAGGAAGCCAACAGAUCAGACGAAGAUCGAGAUGAUUUGGACAAAUCUGGUGCAACGGAUGGCAGUGAGCGACAACCACGUGCUCCCAGCAAACCAUUUUACUUCCCUUCAAUCCAAGGUUGUCGUUCUGUUGAGGAGUUCGAAUGUUUAAAUCGAAUCGAGGAGGGUACCUACGGAGUGGUGUAUCGUGCUCGGGACAAGAAAAUCAACGAAAUUGUCGCGCUAAAACGCCUAAAAAUGGAAAAAGAACGAGAUGGGUUCCCGAUCACCUCUCUUCGGGAGAUAAACACACUUAUGAAGGCACAGCAUGAAAACAUUGUCACUGUGCGGGAGAUUGUGGUUGGCAGUAAUAUGGACAAAAUCUACCUGGUGAUGGACUAUGUGGAACAUGAUUUGAAAUCUCUAAUGGAAAUCAUGAAUGGUCCGUUUAGUGUCGGCGAAGUAAAAUGCUUACUGGUUCAACUUUUGAAGGCUGUGCGACAUCUACACGAUAAUUGGAUUCUUCACCGGGAUCUGAAAACUUCCAACCUGCUCCUCAGCCACCAAGGUAUCUUGAAGGUUGGUGACUUUGGUUUGGCUCGCGAAUAUGGAUCUCCCCUGAAGCACUAUACUGAGGUCGUCGUCACGUUAUGGUAUCGCGCUCCGGAGUUACUUUUGGGCGUAAAACAGUACACAUGUCCCAUCGACCUCUGGUCUGUCGGUUGUAUUUUUGCCGAGUUUCUCCUGCAACGGCCGUUGUUUCCCGGGAAGGGUGAAGUUGAUGAGUUGAACAUCAUUUUUCGAGACCUUGGAACACCAACAGAGCGCAUUUGGCCCGGUGUGUCUCAACUUCCUGGAAUGAAGAAAUGUGUCUUCACCGAAUACCCGUACAAUCAGCUGCGACGCCGGUUCACGGAAAAGCAGAUAUCAGAUCUUGGUUUUGACCUACUCAACAACUUCCUUACCUACUGCCCGGAGAAACGGAUCACUGCAGAUAAGGCUCUCAAUCAUCCGUAUUUCAACGAACGACCGCGUGCAAUUCAUCCGUCCAUGUUCCCAAGUUGGCCCGCCAAAUCAGAGGGUGGUGUCGCCGUGCGAAAGGGAACCUCACCACGUCCUCCGGUGGCCGGUGGUGGAGCUUUGGCAGCCGCAGCCGCCGCAAUCGCUUCGGCAGCCGCUAACGUUGGCUCUGGAGGUGCAAGUCGAGUUCGAUAUCAGCCGCCAGCUCCACCCAUGGGAGCUGUCCUUUUUGAUACAGACUGCCAUUUCACCCUUGACGAGAUCCGUGAACAACUAGCCCACCUUGGUGUCACUGAUUUGACAAAUGAACAACUUUGGGAGCUGAAAAAACACCUAGACAACGCGAUUGUGAGAGAUCUCAAACAGCUUUCGCUGCAAUACAGUAUAGCUGAUAUCGCUCCGAAUUCAGAUGGCACGUCUUCAGAGGAUUCACUGGCUGUUGCACAAAUCACUUCCAGUACGCCGGACCAGGAACUAGGUCAAACCGGCGAUCAGCAAUGGAACAACCGAUCUCCGCUAUUGCCAACUCUCUCCCACGAACGAGGCGUCUCUAGUACAAGCAUUCGGAGUAGGAAAAGCAAUGUGGGGAAUAACAGACAACCGGAUUUGCUAAUGAAUGGUUCAACCACCUCAUCCAAUGUGUCAGAUAUCGAAGAUGGCGCAACCCUGCAAUCUCAAACUCGUGUGAGGCAGCACAGCUACAGGUCUAAAACGCGCAAAUCGAGUCGGUUUCAGCUGCGUGGAGCCGGAGAAUCAAUCGAUUCUGACGAGAACACAGACAAGAACUCGAGGAAACUAGUAUUCUUAGAGUCUAAAUCAAGACCGUCCCGCCUGGUUCCCGCUCCACAGACCUGUGUAAACGGAUCUCCGCAUUACCGUGCUGUUGUUCCUCGUACCUGUCUUAACGAUCCACCCCAGGGACCACCGUCAAAAACCGUGUGCGAUGUUCUAUCGAUCCACCAGCCGGCAGCGAGUGCACGUUCAAAGCGAAGCGAACGAUCCGAACGGUUUCAGGUUGCCGGACAUUCCCCAACCGAGGAUUCACCCCCGGUAUCUGUGCAAGACAUUUUGCAACAUUCUGAUCCGUCCACUCGCCUCCCAUCCGACAGUCUCCGACCGAAUUCAACAAACGGCUCACGUCGUACCACAACGCGGCGUCUGCUUGAACCGUCGCAUAAAUCAGUGGAACGGCGGGUUAGGUCUGCCGUUUGUGAACACCGUCCUCCAAGCAGUUCAGGUGACCUCUCUCCCCACUCUUUAUCCCAAGUUUACCCUCAUUCCGGCUUGACCACAACUGGUCGAGGAAGUUCUCCGAAUACUAAUUCCCAUCUGCUGAAGACUACGCGAGGGGGUAAGCUGAAAGGACCGUCUUCCGCUCACUCUCGGCAACCACGAUCUACUCCGGACUCACGACUUGCCAGAUUCGCGGACGAUCCUGUCGAAAACAUUUACGAUAUCAGUUCCAGAGAACACCGCACUUCGGGAACGUGUGAAGUCAACCGACCACUUUCUCUGAAGUCGUUGGAUCGCCCCUCUUCUCUAAUUUCACAACCGCGUCCUCGUCUUCGGCGUCUGGACCCUGUUUCACGUUACCACUCCUAUCGUCGUAGUUGGUUGACGUAUCGGGCUCCUGGAGAGGACGCACGGCGCGUGCUUCGGUGGAAUAUCAAAACAGCCAUGAUGCAUCGUGAGGUGCCUUUGUUGCAACGUAAUUUUGCCGAAGUUGUGGAACUGUUUGGGGAGUCGGCGGCCGAUUACUUGCGUCGUGAGCGACAACACAACUUAAAAGCAUUGAAUCUAAGCUACAUCCCUCCGACGAGCAAGCGUCAUGACUCUGAACGCUGGCGAAUUCGUUCGGCCUCGGACGGUUUUGGAGGCGCGCGAAUCCACUAGUUGUACCACGCCUUCCCCUUCGUUUCCCUUACUCAGCAUUUGAUCGCCUGCUGUACAAGCCACCGCACCCUACAACUUGUGAUCUCCUGGGCCAUUUGCAUACCAAAGACUGUUCCUUAGUACAUUCCAACGGCAUCGUUUUUCUUCAUUCUAUCGCCGCUAUUAUCGUUAUUGUUAGUUUUUCACUUUUCCGUUUUGUUCUCAUUUAUUACCUAAUCUUACAUCCCAGCUACGUACUACUAACAACAUAUCCGGUACAAAUCCUUUUUUAGUUUGCUCGCCGCGUCACAUGAUUUUCAGAACUUUGGUCCCCCAAGGGGACAAGUACCGCUCAUAAAAUCUGCUACGUUGUAGCUCCGGCAUUUUUCGUUUAUUUGCCACCAAUACACGGAUGAGUGGAUGACCCUUCUUCGGAUUCAGUCCAAGACUGAGAGGUAGAUUGAAUAGAACCCCCACCCC